AUGUUCGAUAAGGAUGGGAAACCGCGGCGGGGGAGCGCGCCGAGGCGGGGACACACGCUGCCGGGGAUGAGCGACGCGCUCGGGGAGCUGCGCGGAGUUUUGCAAAAGGUGGGCGUGAAGAGCGCGGCGGCGGCGGCGGAGGCGGCGGACGAUCCGACGAGCUCGGGCGCGGAGGCGGAUGGCGAGGCGAGCGAGGUGGAGAGCGAGCGACGCGCGGUGCGCGAACCCGUGGUCGCGGCGCCGCCGCCGGCGAAGGCGGAAAAACCGCAGUGGAUGGUUGAGUUGGCGGCGAAGAACGCGGCGAAGCGCGCCGCGCAAAACUCGAGCGACGCGCGAUAG